UGAUUUAUGAUAGCAACUGCUAUCAACAGCCACUUGCAGAUUGACAAUUCACCUAUUAUUAUGUCUUCUAUGUGCAAGUAUGACUGCAAAUUAUUGAGAGAGAUCAAAUGAACAAAUAAUUUGCCAUGCAAAAUCACUCGAUGAUUGACUUAUUAGUUGCAGCUUGUGUGGGAGAGCAGACCAGAGUGCAUUUAUGUCUGCUCUUGAGAUGUUGCUGAAGGAUUUUGCCAGCAGAUAUGCCACAGGAGAUGAAGUGUAUAUGGCAGAUGUGUUCUUAGCUCCACAGAUUGUUGUAUCUACUUCAAGGUUUAACAUUAACAUGUCCAAAUUCCCCACUUUAAGUAGGCUGUAUGAAUCCUACAAGAUUUUACUGGAGUUGGAAGCUUCGUCACCAGAAAGGCAACCUGAUGCUGUGCAUUAAGUCUGGAAUUUUUCUGCCAUAUUCCUCAAAGCAGUUUUGUAUUUGGCACCAUCUCUCUACUGGAAUAAGAGUGAU